AUGAACUUGGCCGCUCACCUCAUCUCGGACGAGAAACGUUCGCCCAUCCUGGGGCUGCAAUUGAACGGUACGAGCACGUCGUUCGCCACCGCGACCGAUCAGGGCUGGGCCGUCUAUCGCACCCAUCCUCUGCAGAGGACAAGUCAACGAGGUCGGUCAAGGUGCUCUAGCCCGUCUUGCGGAGGAGAAGGAAACUGUAGCGUCACUGACGAGUAUACAACCCCGCACACCGACCAGAAUCCGCGAAGGGCUCGCUUCGCUUGGUGCUCCCUCUCGAGCUGUCCAACAUCUUGUUCCUCGUCGGUGGACCACCUUCACCGCUGUACUCUCCCAACAAGGUCAUCGUCUGGGACGACCAUCUCGGUCAAGCGGUGUGUGAACUCGAGUUCGGCGAAGAGGUCAACGGUCUUGCAGCGAGGAGGGACCGGCUCGUCGUCGUGCUCAAGAAGAGGGUCGUCUUGUUCGUGUUGGGUAAGGGCGGAUUGGGCAUAUGGAGGGAAGGAGUAUACGAGACGACCAACAACCCCAAAGGUGAGUGUCUCACCAGCGUACAUCUGCGAUCGCCAGGGCUGGUCGCGUUGACAGCUCGCUGUGGGAAUUCCUCCAGGCCUCGUCGCGCUCGGGACCGAGAUCGGAUCGACCCUGUUGGCCUUCCCAGGACGGCAACCAGGCCAAGUACAAAUCGUCAAUCUACCCCCACUGACCGCCCCCCACGAAAUGCCACCCCUUCCACCCGCACCGUCCCACGAUCCCACCUCGGCACCUUAUCCAUCCGUAUCCAUCAUUCUCGCCCACACCACGUCCCUCGCCGCUCUGUCGUGCACACCCUCGGGCGCACUCUUAGCCACAGCAAGCUCGAAAGGAACCCUCAUCCGAGUCUGGGAUACGAGCCAUGCGAGACUGGUCAAGGAACUGCGACGAGGCUCGGACGAGGCCGAAGUUUUCGGUAUCGCGAUUCGCACGGACGGUGAGGCGGUGGCCGUUAGUUCUGAUAAGGGGACUGUGCAUGUUUGGGAUCUCAAAAUGACCAAAGAAGAGUACCAGAAGAAGAGGAGCGCGAGUGCCUCGUCGAUGGGGGAGGCGACCGAGUAAGUCUGCUUCGUGCGAGCGGGUGGUGGUCCCUCGUUUCGUUUGCUGAAGCUGGUCCACAAACACGUCUGCGCAGGACGACUAGGUCCAAACAAUUCUCGAUGCUCAAGCCCUACCUCCCGAAAUACUUCUCGUCCGAAUGGUCCCAUUCACAAUUCCGACUUCCACCUCCAGCGCCUACAGCCUCACGGCUACCGUUUUCCCUUUCAUCCUCGACCGCUGCCGCUGCCGCUGCUGGAGCUUCGGCGUUAUCGAGUGGUGUUGGGUCGGGUUCGACUGCGCCUCCGACGAUCGAGGAUGAUGUUUGUAUUUGCGCUUGGAUCGAGGUCGAGACUGAGGUUCCCGUCGGGCCAGCAGACGCGAGUGGAGCCUCUACUGCGGGAAGGUCGGACUCUUCAAGUCGAUCGUAUACAUCAGCGACGACGAUGGGCAAAGGUUCCGCACGUUCAAUCCCGAGUCGUCUAGGGGAGAAACGAACAGAGCACCAACUCGUCGCGCUCACUCAUUCGGGAAGAUGGUUUCGCAUCUCUCUACUCGGUGGCGGUGGCGGUGGCGGUGGCGGGGGAGGUGGUGGGGCUGAAGGUGGAACAGGGGGACGGUCGAAGGAUGUCAAGGACGACGCGUUCGGUUUGGGCAGGGAUUCGACGACGGAUUGUCGGCUGGAGGAGUAUCGACAGUUUGGGAAGCAGGAUGGGUGGUGA